AUGGGUGCCGCUCAGGCGCCUGCAGGAGGGGCGGCGGCCAGGCCUGAAGCACUGCUGCGCAGGAAUGGAGCUCGCCAGAGCUCUGGGAGCCGGGAGGGAGGCGCUGCCACCAGGGGGCGCCAGAGCCCCAGCGCUGCUGCUACGGAGCUCCGGAGCCCUCGCGGCCUCCUGUUUGACCGCCCCCGCCUAAUGGAGCCUCUGACCGCAGGCCUGGCGGGCCAGCCCACUCCCCGAUGGCCAGGACUCCCCAGGGCCAGGGACGUGUCCCCAGGGCAGGCCCCUGGAUGCACGCGGCGACUGACCCCACUCCGCUGGACGCUGUGCGGGGAAGGACACAGAGAGGUGGCCGGGGCAGCCCGCGGUCACAAAGAGAGGCCCAAAGGGGCGCUCUCCUCACCCCCGCGCCUCCUGGUUGAGAGGUCGGAGCUACAAAAGCUAUAUUCCCGUUUACUGACGGCCGCCGGCGCCUUCUGCUUUGUACAAGUGAGGAAACUGAGGCUCGGCUGGUGGCGCCAUGGGCUUGGAGUCCGAGCCACGCUGACUGCAAAGACCGGUCUCAUUCCCGCGGACCAAGCACCGCUAGCCGGGCAGGUUGCAAGCUUGAGCCCCCACGCACAGAAAGCAGGACCCCCUCGGCUGCCUUGGACCGCCGCCGCCAGCAGUCCCUCAGCCCCGGGAGCAAUUCGUUUGCUUUUCAUUGGUUCUCAUUCAGUUCCUGCCAUCGAAAGGCCCCAUCCUGCAGCUUUCCACGCGCUCCCCACUUUCCUCCUAAGGUCCUCAGUCUCUCCAGCGGGGCCCUGUCACAGGGACAACAAGCGGCCCUCCAGCCGGCGUCACCCAGGCUGCGGACCUCACUGCAGACCGGGCCUGCGCCGCGGGCUGUGCGGGCCCAGCGCGCCUCAGGCCCUUGACUGGGUUCGUGCAGACGCGGCCCCGGCGUCCUCGCUGGCCGUGGACUGCGCGCUGAUACUGGAAGGCUUUCUGAAAACUCCUGGAGCCAAGCUCACUGGGUCCCAAAUCCGGGGUACCAUCAGAGCCAGUCAGGAUUUUUGCCAGUACACGGAUUUACAUCCAGAACGGUUGGGAAACUUGGAAGGGCCCAAAAGAAAUCCAGGGAAACCUGGAGGCACAACACUCAGAGAGGAGCGUUUAGCUCCUCAGUUACCCAGGCUGCAGGCCGGGGCCCUGGUGGUGGUUUUCCCAGGGAAGCCCGUCAGCCUGAGCUACAGAUGCCCGUGCCGAUUCUUCGAAAGCCAUGUUGCCAGAGCCAACGUCAAGCAUCUCAAAAUUCUCAACACUCCGAACUGUGCCCUUCAGAUUGUAGCUCGGCUGAAGAACAACAACAGACAAGUGUGCAUUGACCCGAAGCUAAAGUGGAUUCAGGAGUACCUGGAGAAAGCUUUAAACAACCUGAUCAGCGCCGCACCAGCCGGGAAGAGGGUGAUCGCUGGGGCUCAUGCCCUGCAUCCCUCUCCUCCCAGGGCCUGCUCCCCAGCUCGGGCCCUCUGUGAGAUCUAUCUUUGGCCUCCUCCCGAAUGGAGCUGGCCCUGUCCUGGGGAUGUGUGAUGGUCCCCCUGCUUACCCACAAAAGACAAGUCUUUACAGAAUCAAACGCAAUUUUAAAUCUGAGAGCUCGCUUUGAGCGAUUUGGUUUUGUGAUUGCCUCUGAAGCCUAUGUAUGCCAUGGAGGCACUACAAACUCUGAGGUUUCUGAAAUCAGAAGUGAAAAAAUCAAUGAAUAAACCAGCAUCUUGCCACUGCCCGCCCCUGAAGCCACAGCAGGGUUUCAGGUUCCAAUCAGAACUGUUGGCAAGAUGACAUUUCCAUGCAUAAAUGCGAUCCACAGAUGGUCCUGGUGUUAUUUGUAACUUUUUGCAAGGCAUUUUUAUAUAUAUUUUUGUGCACAUUUUUUUUUAUGUUUCUUUAGAAAACAAAUGUAUUUCAGAAUAUAUUUAUAGUCGAACAAUUCAUAUAUUUGAAGUGGAGCCAUAUGAAUGUCAGUAGUUUAUACUUCUCUAUUAUCUCAAACUACUGGCAAUUUGUAAAGAAAUAUAUAUGAUAUAUAAAUGUGAUUGCAGCUUUUCAAUGUUAGCCACAGUGUAUUUUUUCACUUGUACUAAAAUUGUAUCAAAUGUGACAUUAUAUGCACUAGCAAUAAAAUGCUAAUUGUUUCAUGGUAUAAACCUCCUACUGUAUGUGGGAAUUUCUUUACCUGAAAUAAAAUUCAUUAGUUGUUAGUGA